AUGGCUUCAGUUUUUCGCUAUUUCCUAUUAGUUCUGGCUUUUCUGGAUACAUGCGCAGCUCAGUCUUUCUGCCUGCCAGGAUGCACCUGCUCAGAGGAGAGUUUUGGCAGGGCUCUGCAGUGCAUGUCUACGUCUUUGGGAAAGAUCCCAGGGAACCUUCCUGAAGAGUUCAAGCAAGUGAGAAUUGAAAACUCACCCUUAUUUGAGCUGCCCCGAGGGUCUUUUAUCAACAUGAGCACGUUGGAGUACCUUUGGCUCAACUUUAACAAUGUCACUGUGAUCCACCUAGGAGCCCUGGAGCACCUGCCGGAACUGAGAGAGCUGAGGCUGGAGGGGAACAAACUCCGUUCAGUACCGUGGACAGCGUUCCGCGCCACGCCUCUCCUGAGCGUCUUGGAUCUCAAACACAACAAGAUUGACCUGCUCCCUGAGCUGGCUCUUCAGUUCUUGGCCAACCUGACCUACCUUGACCUAUCUUCCAACAGACUUACAGUUGUGUCCAAGAGUGUCUUCUUGAACUGGCCAGCCUACCAGAAACGCCGGCAGCCUGGAUGUGGGGCUGAGGUUCCCUCCAGCCUGGUGGUGGCGCUGCACAGCAAUCCCUGGGUAUGUGACUGCCGCCUAAGGAGACUUGUCCAGUUUGUCAAGUCCGUCACCCUCCCAGUCAUCCUGGUGAAUUCCUACUUGAUAUGCCAGGGCCCUCCCUCCAAGGCAGGGCAGCUUUUUCACGAAACUGAGCUCAGUGCUUGCAUGAAGCCACAGAUCUCAACCCCCAGUGCCAAUGUCACCAUCUGGGUGGGACAGAAUGUGACCCUGCGAUGCUUGGCACAGGCCAGCCCCUCACCAACCAUCGCAUGGACUUAUCCCCUGAGCAUGUGGAGAGAAUUUGAUGUGUUGACCUCUCCUACGGCAGAGGGCGCUGCCCGGUCGGAGCUGACCAUACCGGCUGCCCACCUGGUAGACAGCGGCAACUACACCUGCGUGGCCUCCAACCUCAUCGGCAGGAGCGCCCUUGUCAUCUCCCUCCGCGUGCAGCCUGCCCCAGCCCUGCCUGCGCCCCGUUCUCUGUCCCCGCCCUCGGAGGCCAGUGCCUACGUUGACCUGCGGGUGGCCAAGCAGACGGUGCACGGGAUCUUGCUGGAGUGGCUCGCAGUGGCCGACACCCCGCAGGAAGAGUGGUUCACCCUCUACGUUGCGUCCGAUGAAGCCCUCAGGAAAGAAGUGGUCCACAUCGGCCCCGGGGUCAACACCUACGCCGUGGACGACCUCCUUCCUGCCACCAAGUACGAGGCCUGCCUCAGCCUGGGCGCACAGCCCCCGAGCCAGGGCCAGUGUGUGGUCUUCGUGACCGGCAGAGACGGCGGCGGGCUGGAGGCCCGCGAGCGCCUGCUGCACGUCACCGUGGUCCUGUGCGCCGUGCUGCUCGCGGUGCCCGUGGGCGCCUACGCCUGGGCGGCCCAGAGCCCCUGCAGCUGCAGCGAGUGGGGCCUGCGCUGCUGUCCCCGUCGCAGGAAAGCCCCCAGGUGCCCCCGUGCAGCCCCACAGUGCAGGGACCUCCCGGCUGUCUGUGAGGACAGCGAGGGGCACGUGGACCCCGAGGAGGGGGACGAGGAGAAAGAAGGAGAGGGAGACAGCAGCUGA